GAUAAGUAUAGAUCUGAAGACACAGAUGCAACUUGUUAUGAUGGAACAUUCAAACACCCACUUACUGGAAAUGCAAGAAGAUAUGUACUCGGCGAUAGAUUUCACAAUGCUGCAAAUCCACAGAAGUCGCCUUUGUGUGACUAUCAUGACAUCAAUCUUCUCCGUCAACCAAAUAUGAUCAAGACACGUUAUCAGGAAUGCGAAAACAACAGAAAAAACACCCGUAGACCCAGAAGUUCAUGUAUUCAGGAAUUUGGAACUCACUUUUUCUACAAUUAUCUCAUGGACUAUUUCCAAAAUGAAGAUAUUGUGAAAAGACAGAGACAAUUGGUAUCUGCUAAUUUGAAACCGAACCAAGAACUAAAAAGAGACAACGUUUUGUUAUUGUAA